GCCCAUUGAGGUUUCAUAUGUCAUACUACUAUUCUGUGGUACAUAUAAGCUCCCCAAAAUUAGGGUUUUUUACUCACUCUUCUUCGCCUGCAUCCGCCAUCCUGCCCAAAAAGGAAAAAGGUAUGACUAUGAAGGGGAAAGGAACGAAAAGGGAAUCUUCAUCCUCCAAUUUGGAUUCCCAGGAACCUAGAAUGGACAUCAAGUCCAUCCUGAAAGAUAUUGAAUUUUUGGGUUCCUCACACAUGACAUGGAAACAGAAAAAAGACUUGGAGAAUAAGAAGGUAGUGUCACUCGGUGGAAAGCCUCCAAAGAACAAGAGGUUACAUCUUACUGUUGCUAGAGUUUCAAUGAAGAAUCAAAAUGAUAGAGAAGAGAAAUUGCUUCAAGAGAGAGCUAUACUUAGAAGGUUUGGAGUCUACAGUAGUAGUAGUUCCAAGAAGGUGCCAGAGAGGAAACCAGCAGAGGACAUAAUUCUGAAGUCGAUGCAAGGCGAUUUCAGAAAGGGGGUUCUCAACGUCGGGCAUCUGUUGAAGCCCUCAGCCCCUGAAGCCUCUAACUACAAGGGCAGGCACCAUACAGGUAAAGGGAAGAAGAAGAAAGAUGGCAAGAAAAGUCAUGGCAAGAGAAAGGGUGGUGGUGGUGGUAAGAGGCGUCACUAGGAAUGUAUCUCAAAGUGACUACCCUUCUUUUAAAUUUCUUCGCUUUUCUGAACACGGAUAUGACUGUAACUACAGAACCAAGGUUGUAGAACAGACAUACAUUCAUGCCUUGUAUCUGUUGGCAUGCUAAGAUUUGUUUUGUUGCUCAAUGUAGAAUGAAAUUUUGUGUUGCUAAUUUUUGAUAUAUAGUUUUCAGUUUAUUCUA